CGAUGGGUGCUGGUCCAUGGUGUGUCCGGUGUCACCCAUGGGCUCGAUGGGUGCUGGUCCAUGGUGUGUCCGGUGUCACCCAUGGGCUCGAUGGGUGCUGGUCCAUGGUGUGUCCGGUGUCACCCAUGGGCUCGAUGGGUGCUGGUCCAUGGUGUGUCCGGUGUCACCCAUGGGCUCGAUGGGUGCUGGUCCAUGGUGUGUCCGGUGUCACCCAUGGGCUCGAUGGGUGCUGGUCCAUGGUGUGUCCGGUGUCACCCAUGGGCUCGAUGGGUGCUGGUCCAUGGUGUGUCCGGUGUCACCCAUGGGCUCGAUGGGUGCUGGUCCAUGGGUCCCGCCAGCCGGCGCUGCCCCCCCGCUCCAUCCUCCCCAUCCUCCGAACGCAGGAAUCCGUCUCGGGUAAACAAAUGAGUAAAGCGGAGCCGAGCCGGGCGCUGCUGAGCGCGGCCGGGACCGCAGCGCCGGGGCUGCAGCGCUGCUGGGCCGCGGGGCAGGGCAAGACAGGAUCAGUGCCAGCACCAGUGGGGCACACACGCCAUAGAGCCAAGCCAGGAGUACACCUGAUGGGGUGGGGGGACAUGGAUCCCUCCAAUGACAGCCGGUUAGACGCUUGCUUCGGGGUGUUCAACGCCAGCAACGGGCACGACCCUGUGCAGAGCAGCAUCGCCUCACCCUGGUUCUCCACUGCCUUCGGCCUCAUCGGCCUCGGCUCCAACCUCUUUGCCCUCUGCGUCCUGCUCAGCUCCUCCCGCAAGCUCUCCAGCCAGGCCCGCUCCUCCUUCCUUGUCUUCCUCUGCGGGCUGGUGGUCACAGACUUCAUGGGGCUGCUGGUGACGGCCUCGGUCGUCAUCCCCUACCACUUCAUCAAGUUCGCCUGGGCCAGGGUGGACCCCAGCUGCCACCUCUGCAACUUCCUUGGCUUUUCCAUGGUCUUCUUCGGGCAGUGCCCGCUGCUGCUGGGGGCCACCAUGGCAGGAGAGAGGUUCUUCGGCAUCAACCGCCCCUUCUCCCGCUCCACCAGCGUCUCGAAGCGCCGCGCCUGGUCCAUUGUGGGGCUGGUGUGGAGCUUCUCCUGCCUGCUGGGGCUGCUGCCGGUGCUGGGGCUGGGCCGGUACACGCUGCAGUACCCCGGCUCCUGGUGCUUCCUCACCCUCCUGCCUGACACCGGGGACAUCAUCUUCUGCCUACUCUUCGCUCUGCUGGGCAUCUUCUCUGUGCUGCUGUCCUUUGUCUUCAACACGGUGAGCAUGGUGACACUCUGCCGUGUCUACCAUGACCGGGAGUCAGUGCAGCGGCGCCGGGACAGCGAGGUGGAGAUGAUGGUGCAGCUUGUGGGCAUCAUGAUCAUCGCCACCAUCUGCUGGAUGCCCCUUCUGAUCUUCAUUGUGCAGAUGGUGCUGCAGCAGCUGCCAGCCAAGGGCCAGCUCCAGACGCUGCCCAUGGAGACGCAGAAGAUGCUGCUCAUCUACAUCCGCAUGGUCACCUGGAACCAGAUCCUGGACCCCUGGGUCUACAUCCUCUUCCGCCGGGCUGUGCUGCAGCGCAUCUACCCUGGGCUGUGGCCACGGCCCUCCAUCACCUCCCUCUACCCCGUCCUCAACCUCUCCCUGCGCCGCAAGCUCACCCCCAGCUCUGUCUUGCAGUAGUGGCCCCAUGUGGGGACAGGAGAAGCAGCCUCCACCCCAGGGUAACCAACUGUCCCCAUCACCCUCACCCACAGGUGCUCAUCACCACCCAAUACCCAAAGGGGGGGCAGCAGGUGUGAGGCU